AGAUGAAGGUGGGAUGGCUUUAAGAGUGAGGGAGAGUGGAAGGAGAAGGUCCUGAAGAAAGGAGAGUGACUGAAUGAGAUUUUAGAAAGCAAAACUUGACUGCAACGGGAGAAGGAGCGUCGUUUCAGAGAUAGAGGACAGCUCCUUGACGCCGAGACACCAACACUUUGACUUCACGUAAGUACAAGACGAUGGCGAAAGGAGACUUUAGUCAGGUUGUAGUUUUGAUUUUAAACGUGUCUGUUGCUGGUCUUCUUGUGAGCCCUGUUCCUGAAACUUGUAUUGACUUGCAAGAAGUCUUUCGCUAGUGCUGUAUAGAUAGUAUAGAUUAAUCUAGCUUUUACUUUCCUCUUUUAGAAACAUCUCACCCCUUCUUUUGUUUAAAUAGCAGUUUUUGUUGCAGCUGGCAGUAAGUAGUUGAAGUUUUCAGUCUUCACCCAACGAGGCAGUGACCUUAAAAGUCUCUUUUUGUAUAAUUUAAAAUUUCUUGAAUGGAUGUGAGCUUUGAAAACGAAUAGCAUUUUUUUCCAGGUGUAACUGAGGUAUGUAGGUUACCUAUGGUUGCACUCCCCAUCUGUGUUGUUCAGGUAGGAUUCAAGAGAAAUUAAAAGUUAUUUUAUUAGCAGGUAAUUUUACAAAUACAAGUACCUCCUGUUUUUCAUUCCUGUUUGUUGACAGUGCUAAAUAUUUAGCUUGACAAGGUAAAAAUUAAGAUUGAACAGCUACUCAUAUUAAUUCAAUUUAAAGCAUAUGAAAAGGAGCACCAAAAACAGAUGGCUUCAUAUCAAGGCAGAAAUUAGGUAUGUACGCUGUUCAGAGACGACCACAUACUGUAUAAGAAUGACAACAUCUGGUAGCAAUUGAACAUCCACACCUUCAUAAGAAGCCUAACUUGUUAUUAUACUCCUCUUUGUAUUGUUUUUAUUUCUUAAUCUGUCGUUAACACAUGUCCACACUGCAACCAUGCCCUCCUCCUUUCCUCGUGUCCUUGAAGUGCAGUGAGGAGAAGGAGAUGAAGGAGGAGGUCCAUCUGUAUGUGAGAGCCACCCAUGGAGCUCUGUGCCUGACACACACUGCUCAGAGAGGGGGAAGUGGUACUACAUCAUAAACUAAACAAAACCAGGAAAACGCUCAGUGUUUAUUCUCACAGAGGUCAAGGACAAACCGUAGACUGGUGCUGAGAGGAGGGAAUCACCACCAUAUAAACUUUCAGAGUUACAAACCAGCAGUUUUUUAAUGUUCAGCAGAUUUUAGCACUGAUUUCAUAAACGGGUUGUGCUUGGAUAAGUUUUGGUACGAUUGCCCUAACCUGUCUCCUCUGCCUAGUUUAGACAACCUCCAAAUAGCAAGCGCAAACUUGUUGCAUCAGAGCUAUGUGGAGGUGAUAGCAAAGAGUGAUUUUGUGAUGAGUGUGCUUAGCUUGACUGCCAGGCCAAACAAACACCCUAUCAAUUAAUCUUAUGAUGUUAAAAUCAACAAAAUGCCACUUAAAAGAAAGAAAUCCUCUAUUUCCCUGUAUUCAUUUAUUUAUUUGCAGUUAAAUGUACUCAACUUGUGAUUUUAUAUUAUGCAGUGCAGAUAGAAACUGACUGUCAUCUUAGAAAAGAGGAGCAUUUACAAGAUUUUCUAAAUAAUGAGGUGCUCGCUGACCUAGCAGUUAAAGCACACACUUCAUGUAAUGAGGUGGGGGGGACGAUCCUCCUUAAAGUGGCUGCUGGGUUGACGCCUGUCCACAACCCUUUGCUGCUUGUCAUCACUCACUUUCUCCUCCCCACAUUUCUUGUGUUUCUCCAGCUGUCCUACCAAUAAAAAACAAAAAAUGCCUGCAAAAAAAACUGAAAAAAAUUGAACUUUAAAGCAAUUAACAAAACAGUAGUUGGCCUCUUGCUAAAUGACAGGCAGCUAGAAUAGGCCCCUUACCCUCUACGACCCUGAAUGCAAGAAGUAAAGAUUGUGGAUGGAUGGUGGCUGUAUAGUUAAAAAGGCCCAAGUAGUCUCAGAACUAAUGCAGUAUCCAAAGUAGAAUAAAAAUCUGUGUGGUCCCUCUAAAAUCACUGUAAAGGAGGGAGUGUGGAUUUGUUUAGAAGGAAAAGAGCAGGAGAGGUUUGUUUGUGCAUCCAUCAUCUUUGCAGAAACAAAUGAGACAGCCCAAGGAGUGAGGAGGGAGCAGAGCGAGGCCGUGUCAUUCCUGUCUUUGUGCAAGUGAAAUGUGAGGGUCACUGAGGGGCUUUGUGCGUCAGAAGCUGUGGGGCCACCUUAGAGUCAGCAUGGGGAGUGAGGGGCCGGGGGUGCUGCACAGACUGAAUAGGUUAGGGGCCACAGCGGCCUGUCUUGGAGAAUGAGGGUGAGUGAAUUCUGGGCUAACGGUGGCAUGUCUUUGAGAGCUAAAGAGUGAGUGAAGGGGGCCACUGUCGGCAGGUCUUUGUGCAGCCUUUGUUGAGUUGAGUCACACCAGAUGAAGAGGGCCGGUACUUAUUCAGGCCUUUUUCUUGGCGCACACACAAACACAUGCACACAAAUGAGCUUGGCUGAUACUUUUCUCUGGGGAAGUCAUGCGUUUUGAUGCAGUUAUUUCAUAGACGACUGAGCACAGGCUGGCACCUUUCAUGGCUUUUGGGUGUUUUUUAAUUAUUUUUUCUUUGUGCAUCAGCAAAGUGUUGUUUCUACUUCACUGUUGGAGGGCUACUGGAUCUUGACUUUCUGUUUACAUUUUUGAGGCCUCCUAUUGUCUUUGAAACCUCAGCCCCCCACGUUGUAUUUGAAAGCUAGACCUUGCAGACAUUUCUUCACUUUGCAGUCAGGGAAUUCAUUAUAAUUGCUUUUUACUGCUUGAGUUAUUUUUAUGUGCCUAAUUUGGGUCUGUAAAAUAAAUCUGAAAUUACUUUGGGGCACUAAACUUGCUUCUGAAGACGACCAUCUUCAUUGGCUUGAGUUACAAGACGCGAGUUGUGGUAAGUGCCGAUCCAUGGGAAACUUUCUCUCAGUUUGUAACUCUUUCAUUCACUGUUUAUGGGGGGCUACACAAGCAGUGUCUCACGUGGUAAUGGUUGGGAAGACAGUUAUUGAAGACAGAGGCUUGGUUUGUUUGGUAACAUCUGUGACGGUUGAGAAACCUUCAUGUAAACCAAAGAAACUAAACUCGUCUUUGUGCUUGUUCUCUGAGUGUGUUUGCAUGACUCACACUUUUACCCUCUCUUCUGUCAAAGGCAUGAAGCAUGCUGUGAAAGCAGGUGGAAAUUUGAAAUUGGCCUCCCUGAGGCUAGCUGUUUCAGUGUGACAUACAAAAAGUGGCAUUUUGUACAAGUCAUUAGUGCUUUGUUCAAGUUUUCUCAUACCUUUUUUGUCUCGAAGGCUUUGUUCUCGCAUCACCUCAGAGGGUAAACAUGGUUUGGGUUUCACAUGUUCUCAAAUCUGCCUUUUCAUUCUGCUUGGGGGCAAAAAGAGCGGGGUGUAGAUCUUAGCUGUUGCUCAGUGAAUAAAAAUGAGCUGUGCUGAAGAUUUACGAGUUAUUGCUGCGGGGUAAUUGGUGUCUCUUUACUCGGUUGAUGUUACGGCUUGCCCUCUGUUCUGACAUCACUGUGCCUGCGUCAACAGAGUCUUGAAUAAACACCGACAAUGAAGCCUCUCCUUUAAAAUCAAAUCAAAAGUGAUUGGGAUCUUGAGAGUUGAGGGUGUAAUAUGUUACGGUGUUUUGAUGGCGUGUUCAUCAUGUUCAUCACUCAAACUACAUUGCUUCAUUCUCCCUCACUCCCCAAGAGCUCCAAUGCUUGCAUUCUUUUAUGAAUGAGGGAUAUGUUUGGUCCUGCCCAACCCCGACGGUUAUCAUACAAGUUUCAUAUCUCUAGGGGUUUCUUAUUUUCCUGAUUCUUGGAAACACUCAGAGGGAAGUUAGAGUGUCAUCAGUAGCCUAUGAUUGUCCACAUCUUGUUUGGGUAGCUGUGUGUAUGGCCUUAAAGAUGGUGCCUCUUUGUGGUUUUUGGUUUCAGGGCCUUCCAACUAGCUGGUCCAGAUGCAUGGCCAGAGCUGAGCAGAGUUGGCUCUGCAGCUUGAGGAACAGAUUGCCUUGGUUUGAGGUUUCUGAUUAUGGAUAUGUAAGUGGAAAAAGUCCUCCCAACCCAAAUCAACAGGGGAAGUCAUCUGAUUCAGAUGGAUGAUCCACCUGUUCAAGUCCCCUCAUAAAUUGGAGGAGAGUUUUACUUAUCGUAAAUACCUUUACAUAUGACAUUCGGACCUUGUACAGAUGGUUUUUAUUCUUGAGAUCCUCACAUUUCCCAGACUUUUUCAUUACACAUGUACCACCCAGUGGGGGAUUGUCCUUGUUGGACUUACUGUGACUAAAAAUCAUCUGUUUGGUGAGCGAGGAUGAGGGGGAUUCCUUUUUUUAAACUGCAUUUCCACCAAGCAGUCAGGCACAGUAUGUUGCAGCAUGAUAUGCAGUUGUUAGUGUUUUCAUGGUUAAAAGCCGAAAAAGAUACCCAUGACCAAUUCUUUAUCUUCAUAAAUACUUUUUUAAAUUUUACUUUUUGGGUGAUGUCACACCAGCAUGUGUCUAUGUAAAUGAAAUCAGCAUGGCUUCCGCUAGCCGGCUCUUGCAUGCUUGUAUUGUGGUUCAAAAAGUUUCCAAAAAAUUAUGUUAGCAGUAAGGGUCAGCUAAUCUGCACAUUUAAUUUGAUUAUUUGUUGACAUGUACCUGUCCAAUGUUGUUGUAGAUGUAUGUGUAGUCUGAGAUGACUGCUAAACCAAGUUGCCCCCCUUGGGAUUAAAAAAGUUGUCUGAACUGAGCUGAAUAUAUGCUUCAGCACACCUGGUGACACUGAGACGUUGUCAGAAGUGCAGUUCAUAUAUGAAAAGGAGCAGAAGUCUUUCAAUUGUCUCUCACAAUAUUUCAAUCCAUAUCCAUGAAUGGAAUCGUUUCUUGCAAACUCUGCUGUCUGUGUCUAACUUCUUUGUAGAACAAUCUGGGUCAGCUGAGUUUUGGAUCUCUCAACCACCCACCUUCAGUCCUCAUUCACUUUCACCCUCUACAACAGACUUCAGUGGUCAGGACUCAUUACCUCAGCACCUUGGCAUGCUACCAGAGCCCUUUGCUGAUAUCUCAGAGCAAUUACUCCAGAUUUACAGCCCGGCCACCUCCUCUAUCUAACAGCCAACUGACUGACCCACAUAUAGCUCAUUUUCACUGCUUUGUCUAAAGCAGCGAAAGGUCUCAGCUCAAUCUGAUGUUUGGCUUUAUUAGUCAAAGUUUUUAUUGAGCUUGGGGGCUGCUUAGCCAACAGGUUUUAACAGCCAAACAUGCAAUCCACAUGGCUGGCUCGCAGCCCGCGGGUUGUAUUUUCUGUAAAUUCCAUUAACUGAAGUUUGUCUCAUAGCAGCAUGGAGACUGUUCAUGUUGGCUUGCUGAAUGAAGGGUUAGAAAUGUAUGUGUUGGCCUCAGGUUCUCACUGCAUGCAUGUAACCCUGUGUGGCAGGCUGAGUUUCUAUCAGGGGGGAAUAAGUGGGUCCAGAUCAGCUGGAAGAAUAACUGCUUUCAUCUCGCAGCAUAUCUAAUGUAUCAUCAGUCAAACUCGGUGUCAUGCAGGACUCAUGAAAGAAGCCAAAGACCCCGUGAUGUGGCGGUGUUGGUGAUGAUGCAUAUCUUUGACAGUCUACUCCACAGGCACACAGAGAGCAGCAGUAACAAAGAUCUGACAGUUUGAGGAAGAUACAUAUCUAUUAAAAGCAACUGGGAGGCAGAGACCUCUAACCUCCAUCCUGGAUUGCAGGGUUAUGAAUAAGUCAUAACUCUGAGUGUCUCCUGAGCCGUGAAGUGUAAAAUACUCCUCCUUCAGUACUCACAUAAACACACAGAGAAGCUUGACCUUACCGAGGAAGUGCUGCUCAAGCACUUUCCCAGAAGUCUGUUCAAAAAGCAGCAAACAGGCGGAAAGUAUUAAUCAGUUUCAGGAUGUAGUGACCUUUCUACACCAUAGCACGUACAGCCACCCUCACAUGUUCAUAGACAAAGACAGUAUAUUCAGUAUUUGGUCUGCUCUGACUAUAAAGUUUGCUUGUUGAUAAACAGGUUUAUGGUAGAUGUGUGGUUUUGCUGUUGGGAUUUUUGUGGUGGAGGUGUUUGAGUCCCUGAAAAAAAGAGUGCUUUACAGUGAGUAACAGUUGAAGCACAAUUCUACCUUAAAACUACCAUGAGCAGUUUUAAACCAGUAACUAAACAGACAGAAAUAAAUAUUGGUAUCUCUCUCUGGACCUACAAAUACAUAAACAUCUUUAGAGAUUAAUAUUCUCUUUAAAGACCCACUCCAAUGAAAAUCACGUUUUUCUUGUUGUCUACAUGUUGAUAUGGCAUUUUUCUGAUGCUACAGGACAUAUCAAGAGAAAAAUAAGUGUGACAUUGCAUUUCUGAGUAAUUCAAAUCUCUGUGAAUCUCUCACAGAUCCAAAUAGCAGGUUCAGACACAGUGAGAUUUCUUACGUCACAACUGCAAGCCCCGCCCCCGGAAUUCCGCUAUGCAGGCCAGACUCAGAGAAGUAGAGAGAAUGAUCGUGGAACAAGCGUGGGUGUUAGCGGAUCGCAAUGUUCGUAAGAAAGCAAAUAAUGACAUUAACUUUCAUCAUGCCCCCAAAGAUCUACUACACCGGCAAUAUUAGGCUGCAAGCUAGUGUGAAGAGGAGCGUGAAGAGCAGCGCUGUCUCUGCCCAUGACUCAGAGGCGAAUUGCCAAUGAACUGCUGGAGCUCUGGAGAAAAAAAGCCCCUAAAAAUGACACGGAUAACCUGAUUUUCGCAAAAAAAUUUAUGAUCACAAUUAAAAGACCCCUGACAACACUUUAAAUAAUAAUAAUUCUAAAACAAUCAGAGUGGGACUUUAAAGUGAUUUGAUAGGCCAAAACAGCCUUCUUACAGAAACACACUCAGUCUUAUGAUAGUCUAAUUUUAGAGCUCCUUGUGUGGGGGUUUUACACUUUUGCCAUAAUAGAAAGUCAGAAUGAAAGAGAACGACAGAAAGAGCCACUGCCCACUUCCUCAAAACACUCUUCUUAUAAGAAAAAGUCUUGUUCAGGUUUUAUCUUCCUCAAAAGGAGAAGAGACUGAGCCAUGAUGAGCUUUGAAUGAGAAGAUUUCCAGUAAGAGCUGGCAGAGAUCACACAAGGUGCCUCUUUACCGCAUCGACAAGGUAUGUUUAGACUCCAUCCCUGUGGUUUAAAGAGAAGAGCUGCUAAUUUGAGGGUAUUGUAGUCUUAGCUGACAGGAGUGUGCUCAGCCUGGGUGGACUGUAAUCAGCUGACAAUAUAAGACUAAAACAGAGUAACCAAGAGUGUAGCCUGGGUGGUUCGAACUAAGCAAGCAAACACGGACAUACAAAGAUUAAUGCUUAACUCAUCUACAAUUACACAUGUAUACUUACCCAGAAUGCAGAUUGCUAUAAAUAGGGCUAAAACACAGUCUGAAUGUUGAGUCAGGCUGAGUGAGUACUUGAGCAUGAAACUGUUGAUUUGAAGUGUGCAACCUUCACUUUAUUACCCUCAGCUUCUUCAAAACUCUUCCUUGGGGUAGAAUCAUAAACUUAAACAUGUUGAUACGUUUACAGAAAUAUGUGUGACGGUUUAGAUUGAGUCCAGAUAGGCAGGCUAAUCAUCACAGUGCAUGACUGCUUCAGAAGCUGUUUCACAGACACCAAUCCUUCCUGUUUGUUUCCUGUUUAUUUCUGCUAUUUCCUUUUUGGCUGACAAUGAAUGGUAACAUCGCUGCUUUAUCCCGUGUCUAUAUUUUCAGUCAGCGCAGUCGAAGCUCAUCUUCAAGCUGUGUAAUUAUAUGUAGACAGUGUGUUUUGGCCUAGAGAUCUGUAAUCUGUAAUUAGGAUUGAAAAUUGUAGAAAGAGAAUAAAGGGUCCCCUCAAAUCCUGCUCAGGCAAAGUUAAUGGAGUCAGAUGGACUUGGGAAUGUUACAGAUAGGCAUCACUGUCAAGCUCAAGACAAAGCACAGUCAUUCAGAUGGAUCAUAGCAUCAGCAGAGCUACCUGAGAACAAGACUGUGAAGCGCAAACAAAGCCAAAUACCGCUGAACUGAAUCACACCCUCAUCAUACCCACUCCUCUGAUGUUGUCAUGCUCAUGGUUUUGUUAUGUGACCCAGUUCUGCUUGUACUUUUUAUGAAUCAGUCAGCCUUUUUAGCUGCAUGAGAUAAUGCUCUUAUUUUGUAGCUUGGGAAACAGCUGCACUGUGUUGAACCGACUCGGAUCAUAUCAGUAUACAUUCCCUGCAGAUGUGGUGGGAUGAUUUAGCAUCCCAAAAGGAGGCUGGCGGGAAGGUUAUGACCAAAUACCACAUUCAUUCCCCUUGGGACAUCAGAGUGACUUAUGACUCUUAAUAAAUGUUUGUGGGUUUAACAUGUCAUCACCAACUAAAUGACACAUUCAGCAGGAAUUAGAGACGUAGCAUGAUAAAAGGGCUCGUUGUAUAAGAUCAACAAGCUGUCUUCCCAUUUUAUAUAUAGAUGUUGGGAAUUUCUUACACCAAGCUUAAGUCUGAUUUAUACUUAAUCUCACAACCUUACCAGACUAGUAACAGUAACCUCAUUCAGUUUACUUCUGCUUUUUCCCCAGUGGUAUUUAGUCAUGCAAAAAAGUACAGGCAGAUUUAGAGCAAAAGUCUCUGAGGUCACUGCCAACUUCCUGAUAUGAUUAAGAGGCCUAAGAUAAUGUUAUCAAAGACUAAUAACAACUGUCUACGUUAACUCCUGGCCCUGAAUUUUCUGUCAUUUUCCUUGUGGAUCAGUAGGACCAGACUCUGUCUGCUACAGCAUGCAAGACAACUGCUGAAACAGGUCCGAUUAACAUCACACAUUGACUACUUCUUGAAUGGGUGUGUAUGUGGUUUCUGCUGCUUUUAGCACCAGCCACAAGUGGACAUUGAAGGAACUGUAUUUUUUAGCACUUCCUCCUUCAAUUCAUUUCUCAAGAAGACUAGAGCCUGCCACUUUGUCUGUGACACAAUAAAAAUAUUAGUUCAGUUUCAAUUCCUGCUGUUGUUGGAUAUCUGUUGCGUUUACUUAUUCUCAAAUGUACUCUAUUUAACUUUGAACAAAAGUGAGAUUGCAUGAAAAUGGAUUUUUGCCAAUACUCUAUGUACAAAUGUUUACAAAAUCCUUUUAGCGGGACGCAGUAUUGAUGCUAAUGUACCUUUUUUUAAAAUAUUGUAAAGAACCAGAAGUUUCUCCUGUAAAUAAUUUUAACUGCAAAUAUUCAUAGGGUAAAAGAACGAUGUUUAUCAGGAAAAAAAAAAAAAACAUUUUUAAUGUGCAGGACAGGAUCAGAAAAGUGAUAAGAUGUAUACAGUGUCCUUUGGCGGCACCAAAAUAGAUACAAAACAAAAGUUCCUAACUGCAACUUUCAAUUGCCAUCAUGAAGACAAAAAGCUCCAAGUGUGUGCAACUCAGACGUGAUAACCAGUAGGAAUGGGCAAUAAAUUAGAAUUCACGUUGCUAAACGAGGCUCCACAUGAGGGAUUUCCUUCAAGAUUAGGGCUUAGAUGAGCACAACCAGGUAUGCCUGACAUUGGACAGUAGAUCUGCUGCUGUUCACUCUGUGCAAUUAGAGUUUUCAAUAAAUGAUGAAAGUGUUUUCACAUUUCACAAGUUUUCUCCAUAACCUACUACUUAAAAUUGUGAUUAAGUACCUUAUUUUACUAUUCCAACCAGUGUUCUCAGGACAAAAUUAGUCAAAAAUGUAGUUUGGAAUUCUAAUAUUUUUUAUCUGGACUUUUAUGGUUAUCGUUAGAAAACUUACCAUGGUAAAAAUGUUUUUGCCCUUAUCGCCCAUCCCUGAAGACCAGGUCAUCUGAGUCCCUCCAACUUUUAGGGCAUGGUAAAUAUUUCUUUAAAAAUAACUCACUGUAUUUUUGGAGGAAUGCAAAGACCAAGAUUGCCAAACCUGGUAUCCAGACGACACUCUGAAUAUUUUCCUGGAUGUAUCAUAACACUAGAUCAUGACAUCAGUCGCCCUCUAAGAAACCUCAGAGCUCCCACGGGACCACCGCUGUGCUGAGGUCAGAGUGGUCACAGCAACUAAACCAUAACAUAGCAACAGUCUCACAAUGGCUCUGAUUGGGACCUUCACACAGUAACUGACUCAGACACUUAAAGAGUGACUCACAUCCACUGACAUUCACAUACAGUCACCAGAGAUUUAGCAGAUUGCUUUGAAAAAUGUCAUCUGUUAUUAAGAACACUGAUAUCCUCUAAUGUGGCAUCAGAUAUAAUAAAAAGCUACAUUAAAGCCAAUAACCGUUCACUAAUGCGUUAAAUACAUUUACUUGGACUGUGAUCUGAAGAGUGAGCGAGAGCUCCAGUGGAUGUCAUGUGUGUGCUUGCCACAGCUGUGAGGGUCUGGCACGUCGUAGUGCGUGUUACUGUCAAAUGUGGCAUGCUGCUGCAAAGCUCUGCAGCGAUCUGUGCUGACAGCUGCUCAGAGGUGAGACACAUGGCUCCAACCAUUUUAUAGAUACAAUCAAACACAAACACAGCAAAUCACAAACCUAAUGAUGACAGUUGCAGUCAGCUCUGUUUUUUCUUGUAGACAAGUGUGUGACUCAUCCUGACUGUUCCAACAGACAUCUGGAAGUGUUGCUCAAAGUUUACACACACACAGCUGGCUGAUAGUGAAGAUGAAGUAGCGCCCUGUGGGAGGCUUAAAACUUCAUGAUUCACCCUGGAUGGGAAAUCAGUCCUCUACCCUGUCCCCCUUCCUUCUUCUCGUACACGUUAGUUGCUGCUGACUUCACACAGGUUUUGUGUUUGACUCUCUUGUGUCUCUGUUUCAAUAGGUUUACUUCAUAGACAGCAUCAUGGCAGAGGGAAGCUGCUUUGGUGCAUUGUAGCAGCCUGUUCGGGAUGACCAGAGCUUGAAAAACAAGGAGAAGAAAGGUUGACAUCUGCUCAGCGAGGAUAAGAUCAGCGGCACAUCUGGAUCCAAACCAGGAACCUAGUGGACUUUUUUCUUUGUAAGGAAAGGAAUUUAAACUCUCUAUAAACGCUCUAAUAUCUGAGCUCUGGCCCUUGAGAAGCUUAAACAGGCUUCUAAAUUUUUUUUACUUGUAUUAUUCACAUCCCAAAAAGACAAACCGCCAUGUGCCAUGUCAUUGUAACAUGCCGCUCCAUGCUCUGGACACUGCUCAGCAUCAUAGUGGCCUUUGCUGAGCUCAUCGCCUUCAUGAGUCCUGAUUGGUUGCUUGGACAUCCUCGCUCAGACUCCAGUGCAAGUGGAGCAGGUGUAGAUUCUGGGGAGUACCGACCGUCACUUGGUCUCUACAGCCGCUGCCUCCGCAUUGGGAGUCGAGGAGUCGGGGUGAGCUGCGGACCCUACGCGGGGACUUUCGGAGAGGUGGCCAGUGGCUUCUGGCAGGCGGCCAUGUUGUUUCUGGCUGCGGGGACGUUAGUUCUGGGAGUGGUGGCUUGUAUCUCCGUCUUUAGCCUGUGCUUCCAGAGCAUCCUGAAGAAGAGUUUAUUCAACAUCUGUGGACUGCUGCAGGCCAUCGCAGGUCAGACAUCUGUCUCUGUGUUUGUUAGUUUAAUGGUGCACGCUUUUAUGUUGGUUAUUUUCUAAAGCAUUUUUCCUUUAAUCAAUAAAUUAGGUGAUGUAUGAUUUGGCAGAACAUGGAAGAGCAAAUGAGUUCAGCUCCAUGAUAGAAAAAAACUCUCCUGAGCUGCCUCUCAACUAAACCUUGGGCAUGAUUUUUUCUGUGAUCUAAUAUGCUAAUAUUUUAAACCUAAUUAUUCAGACACACUUUUCCUGUCAUUGUAGAGAACAUCAAAUGUUCCCUGUCCUAGAAAUUAGGGCUGGGCAAUAUGGCCUCUAAUCAAUAUCACGAUAUAUGGAGCAGUUCACCUCGAUAACGAUAAAUGGACGAUAACUACUCCACAAGCUGCUCACCCCCUCCCACGUUAACUUUGUCUACUUCAGCCGCCGCUCCAGUAGUUAAAACUUUUCAACUAUCCUCCAUCUCCUCACCUCUUUCCCUCUUUGUUACGGACUAGAUGGGAUGGAGUCACGUCUCUGAUGUAGGACAGUGUCUUAAACGGACAUGAGACCAUAGCCUACCUACACACAGCCAAAAACAAUUAUUUAUUUUUUUGACACCGAAUAUAUUGACGUGGGAAAAAUGGGGUCGGUUAUUGUCAUAAAUUUUGGUAUCUGUAAAUUUUCGGUUUAUCGCCCAGCCCUACUAGAAAUGUACUCAUGUACUCUUGCUGUGACUGCCUGUUUUGUUAGAAGGAGACGUAAAACAACACUAACAUACAGUCAUACACCUACAAUGAAUUUUAUGAGCUUUUCUCUGCUAAGAAUAAUGUUACGUUAAUAUUAAAUCGCAUCCCUAUAAUACCGCAGAGUACAGUGCAGCUCAUCAAUAAUAACGGUUCAUAUCUCACUUGCUAUUGCAGCUAAUACAACUAAUCUGUGAUCUGUUGGAGAUAAAGUGGGAACAUGUCUAUACCAGCACAUGUCUGUGGAUUUUAAAAGCAUCUCCACAGCCUUCAGGAAACUUCCGUGUUGACUUUACAAGUUGAAACAUUUGACUUUACAAGUCCGAAAGCAACUUUUGGCUUUUCCAGUCUUCGGUUCAACCCAGGCUUUGUGCAGGUUUCUUUCAACAAAAGGCUCCUUCAUAUGUGUUUGGUUGGACAGAUCUGUCAACUAGCUAAUCAUUGAAGAGGGGUCUUUCCUUUCAGCAUAAAUAAAAGGCUUGUCAGCUGAAAAAUGGCUGUAUUCUUCACCAGAGUUGAGUCACAAAGUUAAAAGUCUGCCCUUUUAGCAGUGAUGUUUGUGACUCAAGCCUUCAUCUCAUGGUGUCUUCUCUCCCUUCAGGCCUGUUGCUGAUGGUGGGUCUCAUGCUGUACCCUGCUGGUUGGGGUUCAGAGAAGGUGAAGAACUACUGCGGCCCUGACGCCUCACCCUUCAGGCCACACCUGUGCUCACUUGGCUGGGCGUUCUACGCAGCAAUAGGAGGAACGCUGGCAACUUUCCUGUGUGCUGUUCUGUCUGCACAGGCUGAGAUCGCCACUUCCAGCGAUAAGGUGCAGGAGGAGAUCGAGGAGGGGAAGAGUUUGAUCUGUCUGCUCUGAGUGCUCAGGGAUGUUUGGGUUUCUUUGUGUGUUUCUCCUAAUAGACAGCUGUGAAUCUCAAUAAAGGGAAAACUUUCUCUGAGUGAAUCCAUCCACUUUGGGGUUCUGCCUGGACAACAUCGGCUAACUAUUAAAAACAAAUGUUGUGGUAACAGCUUGAUAUUUGGUAUUCAGGAUGUUGCUCUCUUUUAAAAGUGGCUAAAGCCUAAAAAAAUUGGUACAGCAGCUGGCUUUGGAAAGUUACCUGCAGACUAAUCCAGCAUUUUCAACCAAGAUACUUAAUUUUUUGUAAUAAUUCCUACCGUAAAGACACCACUGGAGAAAUGUAAAAAAAUAGGUGAUGCAUUUUCAUCAGUGUUACUGUGGACAAGUAAAACACUGCCAGUAAAACAGUGUUCAAGGUUUGUAACACCACUAUAAUGGUAAUUCACAUGGUUCACCUGCAAACCUCAACAAACCUCUGAAUACUAACAGAUGUGUGCCCACGACAGCUUGCAUGUUAGUGUGAAAUCCGCUCACAGUUGUUGUUUCUAAAUGUCCGUAUGCUCGGAAUCUGCUGAACAGCAGGACAGUCAGACCCUCUAUCUACCUGUUGAAAUGUGCUGUUUAUGGUGUUGUUAGUUUUAAAUGGGGUUCCUUCUGGUAAAUGGAUAGUUAAGGAGUCUACUGCAGCUCAUUAAGCAGCAGAGUGUGUGCAGAAAAAGAACAGAGACUGGCCAGAUGUUUUACUCUGGAGAGCUUUCAUGUUUGCAAGAUAAAGCAAACUGCGUUGUAGCUUAUCAUGAUUUACUGCAAGAAACACACACACCUGGAUUUGUAAAGGUUUACAACACUCAGAGCUUGUUGAAAGCCUUUUUUUAAAUAUGUUUAGAUCAAUAGAAAAGCUUUGGUACUUUUGGAAAAUCACUUCAUACUGCUCUUUACACAUGGUUCUUCAUUUCACAUUACUACAAAUUUAGUCCAUUUAUUUUAGUUUUUUUUUUUUUUCAACCAUGCUUCUUUACAUUGCCUUCAAUGUAACAUGUGAUUGCUUGUUGUCCUUGUAGAUAAAAUGUGCAAUAAUUCAACUGUAGUGUGUUUGCUGUGAGGGUGAGUGGACUGAGAGGAUGAGGAGUGAACAAAGUGAUCUUUUUUUGUUUGUUUUGUACAAAGCAUUUUUUUAGUUUUUCUGUGCUUUAACUUAAUGUUUACUGUCCCUUGUUUUUGUUACAUUAACAAAAACAGUAACAGCGUUGGUGGCACAUUGUCUGAUGCUGCAUGUGUGAGAGGUUGAUGUGCGUGAGGGGAUGUACAGCCUGUUAUUUGUAUGCAAUAAACUAGAUUUUCUACUGUAAA